UCAUCGUUAUCGUCGUCGUCGUCGUAGUCGUGGUUAUUACCGUUCUGGAUUAUCUUGGAUAUCAAAUUCGGCUAUUACAAGUGCUUUUUGUCGAUUUUUGUUUUGGUGAAUCGCUGUAACCCGAGUCUCCUUGUUGGCCAGCCAAUUUAACAAAGUGCUAAACAUAUAAAUAAAACCCCAAGAACGGGAGAACCUAUUCUUCAAAGAGUGUAAAAGUUAAUGUGUUAGCUCAUUUAAAAAAUGUUGAGUGCUUAAGUUAUAAAUCCAGAAAGAAAAGUUCAUUUUUGUGCAUAAUGAAUUACAACAUGGAUGAGCUGGAGGCCACCAGGUUGCUGCGACAUCCUCGACGUUGGUGGAGCAUUGGCUUCAGCAAACGAAUCUUAGCCAUAUCAGUUCUGGUUAUCAUAAUAUUGCUGUUUUCCCUGAUAUAUCAUGGCCUUGUAGUGGAGAGAAUUGAUCGGGUUCAGCAGAUUGAAGCAUUGAAUGCCAGGCACCAAAAGCUAUUCAAUCAGCCCUUUGAAGAGGAUCAGUCUGCUCUGAUUAUGAGCCCUCAAACUUUGCAUUUCAAACUGCUAGAUGAAGAUACAAAUAAGGAUUUGGAUGAUAGUAAGACUUUAAGAAGAAAGCACCUGAAACGAAUGUUGGUAAAGUUCCGAUUGAACAAGAAGCAUCGCACGCGUCGUGGGUUGCCCCGCUUAGAUUUGUUGGAUCCUGUUCGGAUGGAGGCCAACCUUCAGCAAAUAUAUUCCAAUCUGAGGAGUAAACGGGCGAGAGAAGCUCUGAGCCAACUGGAACAUGAGUUUGUGAGAUGCAAGAAGCAAACCCCUCAUGAUUGCAUGUCCGCUUUCUUGCGUAUGUACAAAAUGGCCAGGGAGGUGACUGAGAAAAUGGAGAAGAUGAAAGCCAUCAUGCGGGAGCAGCAGCCGAAAUUGGAGUCAAUGAGCCUAGAGUCCUAUGAAGGGAGAGGAACAUUUUCCCCGGCAGAUCUUAUCCAGGAGACAACUGAAGCGACAACUGCGCCAGCAGAAAGUGCCACUGAAAAGCCACCGAGAACCAAGAUCAAUCCUUCCAGGAUAAGUUGGAUUAUUGAUGGCCAUGAUCACGAUGAGAGCCCAGUUUACACAGAUCAUGCUCCUAAGAAUGAUCAAACAAAGGGGUUGGGGAACACCACUGAAUUGGUGGAGAAUAUAGUGACGAAAGUAUCGGAAAGCACUACUGUAAGGUUAAGUACCGAGAGCACCACAGAGAAGAUCAGUUGGAUUCUGGAUCACUUCGACCAUCCUCAGGAGAUUUUGCGCACAACUGAGGGACCAGGGCAGCGAGCCAGUAGAAAUGCAACCACCCCAUCGGAAUCAACUAUAAAAAUGGAUCCUGUGCUGGAUACGAAAACCACAAAUAGUGAAUUCGUCGUAACCACUGAAAGUGGUGUGAUUUUAAAUAUAACUACAGAUGCUCCAAUCGAAGCUAGCAACACCACCGUUCAGCGAAAACUUUCCUUUGAUUGGAUUAUCGAUGGUGAAGAUGAUGGGGAGCCGGAAGUUAAGAUCAACAACACCACGACAACCACUGCAACAGUUGGUACUACCGAACCUGUCAUAUCCACUACAGAUCUGCCAAAAAUCACAUUCGAAUGGAUUAUUGAUGGUAGAGAAGUUGUAGAACCAAAGGGUGAUUUAAAGACCACCUUGCCACCGGAUACCACAACAGAAGCCGCGGGAACUACAACAGGACAGCGAAAGAUGCCGUUUGAUUGGAUUAUCGACGGGGAAGAAGUAGUGGAGCCUCAGGAGAACUUCACAACAACUACCACAAUUGCCACAACACUAGCCAUUAGCACAACAGAAUCUGACGACAGAAUAAAUAACUUUACUGCUCAUCCCACCAAGCCUAAAGCGGUAAAGUUUGACUGGAUAAUCGAUGGCGGGGAACCCAGCGUUGAGGUGAGCACCACCACAUCAAGAGAACCCAAAUUGACUACUAGGCAGGCAGACAGCAAUACGGAAUCCCAUCCGUUGGACAAUCCCAGCAGCAUCGAAAACAUGCUGGAGAGCUUUGAGCGACAUGAAGAGGAGAAGCCUGUCCUCAGGGUGCUAGGUGGGAAUGAGUCCCCGUCGGAAAAUGUAACAGAUGUCUACGAACGUCAGUUUUGGUUGAAGAAGUUUGAAGAUCAGGCUAAGCAAAAUCAAAACGAGCUGAUAGAUACUUUUGGAACGGCUUUGGAUGCCAAGGCCCUGGACAAAAUGGGACCCAAGAUCAACCCGCUCAAUGGCCACCUCUGGAAUGCUGCCGAUGCCCAGAUCCUUAGCCUGUGUGAACGAGUGGCGCUGAAGAUGCGCAAUAAGGUUUCCCCAAUAGCAGAUGGUGAGACCAAGGAGAAGGGAGAAACCUUCACAGCUUCACCUAGUGUCCAGUUCACUAGCCGAGCGCCAGGCGGGUUUCCCGUUUCCGGCGAAACCAUGAAAGCCUCGGCCCAGUUUAUGUUUAAUCCAAACUUUGGUAUGCCCAGCAUUCCCGUCUGUUUCUACAUGACGCCUGCCAACUUCCGCAUGCCCAUGUGGUCGAAUACGCCUACAUUUAUGGGCAUGCAGGGAGCACACUUCGGGGGAUCGUCGAAUCCAGGUGGAGGAAUAUUUUUUGUGCCCCAGCAAUUUGGACCGAGUGGAAACUUUUUCGGAGGGAGUGGCGGAUCCGGGGCCGGUGGUCAGAGUGCCAAUAUCUUCUCAAAGAAUGCCUCCCCACAAAAAUCACCAAAUGGUCAGCAGCAGCAGGUCUACUGUAGUUACAUGCAAAAUCAAUCUGGUCAAGGAUCAGGACAAUCACAGACUUCCAGUCAACAACAGCAGGGAGGGCAGACAAGCUUCUCCAACGCCAAUUUUAAGAUGAGGCAUGCCAAUCAGUCGGGCUCUGCCCUUCAGCAAGGGCAGAUUAUCUAUGCCAGCUAUGUAGGAUUGCCACAGCCAUCGAUCCAGGAGCGUUCCAGGUGCCCUGAGCCUGAUCAGUUGUCCUGUUUGGAUCAACGAAAGUGCAUUCCAGCCUUGAGAUGGUGCGACAAUGUAGUGGAUUGUUCGGAUGGCAGUGAUGAGUCUGCCUGCACCUGCGCUGAUCGCGUGGAUGAAGAUCGUUUGUGCGAUGGCUAUGCAGAUUGCCCUAUGGGUGAGGAUGAACUGGGCUGCUUUGGCUGCGAACCUCUGGCUUACUCCUGCUAUGAAAAUCUGGAGGAGUUUGGCAGACACAAUCGCUCAACGAUAUCCAUGUGCUACAAUCGUCUGGAGCGAUGCGAUGGAUUUAUGAACUGCCUAAACGGACGUGAUGAGGAGCAGUGCAGUAUGUUGGUCACUAAUGUAGCGGAUCAUAUGUCCCAUGCUGCUUCUGCUUCUGAGGGCUAUCUGUACCACAACUAUCGUGGAGAUUGGCAUCCUGUCUGCAACAAUGGUGAAAAGUGGGCAGCUUCAGCAUGCGGUGUAGAUGGCAAGGGUGUCCGGGAUUUACCAGCUUCGUUAAAUAUCAGCUUCCGGGCCCUGACCUUACCUGGUCCUUUUAUUGAGCCCUCUCUGAAUUCCGGAAUCCACUUUGCUCAGGGCUGUCAUGGACGCAAUAGUCAUGACUCCCUGGUGGAUCACGUAGCCUUCGUCAAGUGUCCACCGAUGCAGUGUGGUGUGCCUACGAAAUCCUUGAUAACGGAGCACUCGAAGAAAGUUAAAAGAGCUCUAGAAGAAUCUAAGGAAAUCGUUGGCGAUGGACGGAUUGUGGGUGGAAGUUACACGAGUCCCCUCCAGUGGCCAUUUGUGGUGGCCAUUUAUAGGGAUGGCAAGUUUCAUUGUGGGGGAACCAUCUAUUCUGACCGUUGGAUUAUCAGCGCUGCUCACUGUGUCAUUAACUUUGCAAAGUACUUCUACGAGGUGCGUGCUGGCCUCCUGCGUCGCACCAGUUACUCACCCGCCACACAAAUCCAGCCCGUUUCCCAUGUAGUGAGCCAUCAAGCUUACGAGCGAAGAAGUAUGCGAAACGAUCUCUCUCUGCUUCGCCUGAUUAAUCCUCUACAGUUUAAUCGCUGGGUGAAACCAAUUUGCUUACCCGACAAGGGGAGAACAACGAUAGGGGAAGAUUGGAUCUGGGGACCUGAGGAACACACUUUAUGCACGGUGGUUGGAUGGGGAGCUAUUCGUGAGAAGGGACCAAGCAGUGAUCCCAUGCGGCAGGUAGUCGUUCCUAUACGCAAACGAUGCACUGAUCCGGAAGAUCAAGCUUCAGAGGACAUUUGCGCCGGAGAUCCGGACGGAGGUCGCGACGCCUGCCAAGGUGAUUCGGGUGGCCCACUUUUCUGUCGCAGCGUCACUCAACCGGAGGAGUUUUAUCUUGCCGGAGUCGUUAGUCAUGGUAAUGGCUGUGCUCGUCCGCAAGAAUUUGGUGUCUACACGAGGGUCACUCUCUACUUGGACUGGCUGGAAAUGGCAGUUUCUUCGCGUUUGCCGAACCGUCAGCCACUUCAAUUCUGUCCCGGAUUCAUUUGCGUCUGGGGGGGUAAACGAUGUAUAGCUAAACGCCAGCGUUGCGAUCGUAAUGUUGAUUGUCUUGGUGGCGAGGAUGAGGUGGGAUGCACCUACAACUUUAUACCAGAUAUGGUAGGUGGUGUUCGGCAGAAUAUAAGCACCACAACCGAAAGUGACUAUCAUCCAGUGAAGGAAAAAGAGGACAAGCUGGAUAAAAUGCGAGAAAUUAUUCCCAUUGAAGAUGAAGAUCUGAAAGCGGAACAGAACGAUGAUGAAGACUGGGAGAACACUACUUCCUUUGAGGAAAAUGAAAGUACUCUAGGUCAAAUGGAUUUACUUUUAACUGAAGAAACUGCAUCAACAACUUUAAAGGAGACUACAGUUCAAGGCUCUACAUGGAUUGAUUCAACCACAAACCCUUCAACUAUAAUGACAUCCUUAAAUGUAGAAACGCCCAAAAUCGAAACAUCAACACUUGCGUUUACUUCAAUGAAAACUGAACCGGAAUCAACUUCAACUUUACAAACCACUUUACCAACCACCACAGUUCAAACGACAACCUUUCCCACUUCAACCGAAGAUUUAACCAAGCUUACGGAUUUAGUUACUCAGUUUAUAGAGAGGACUACUGUUGGGACAACCAAGGAGCUAGUGACGACAACUUCCUCUGUAAUAACAACAGAAAGUCCCAGAACAGAAACUACGGAGGAAGUAAAGGAAACAACAACGACAGACUUCACAACCACAAUUAGCACUAGUCCCAGCUUCACCACCACGCCACUUACUACAAUAACAACAACUGUAUUCAGCACUAAUAAGGCUGAAGAAACCACCACAACGACGUUAGCACCAACUACGACUACUAAAUCCCCUAAGCCUACAACGACACAUAGUCAUUCUCAGAAGGAUCACAUACAAAUUCCCAAUAAAUUUGUGUGCAAAAAAAUGUCCCAAAUUGUAGAUGUAAUGAUGCGUUGUGAUCGUAAUGUGGAUUGUGAAGAUGGAACUGAUGAACUGGACUGCACAUGUAGGGACUAUUUAAAGGGAUCUUUAAGUGGACUCAUUUGUGAUGGCAAGGCGGAUUGCGAGGACCUCACCGAUGAGCAGGACUGCGGAGGCUGUCAUGCUCACGAGUACCGCUGCCCUCUGUCAAAAACUUGUUUACCUUUAAGCAAACGCUGUGAUAACGUGGUGGAUUGUAAGUUCAAGGAAGAUGAGAGGGAUUGCUUUGCCCUGACCAAUGGCCAUGAUAUACACUUUGAUGUCCAUCAACAGCCCAAGUUCAGCAGCGCUGGAAUAUUCUCUAAAAACGCUCAUGGUGUGUGGCGGGUUGUCUGUGCCCAUGAGACGGGCUAUCAUGAACAUCAAGCCAAUACAGCUGAUGCCGUUUGUGCCCUCCUGGGCUUUAAGGGAGCUCACUACUUUAACAGCUCAGAAUUCGUGAGCCAACAGGAAAUGCAAUCUAUCACACCGGAAUUAAAGGCAGGCAGGACCCGCAUGGUGGCUCAACUUCGUUACAUGGUCGGUGACAAUAUCCAGUUGACCGAUAACGAGGUCAUAAUCCCCGAACUAGGUCUACCAUCCGCUUCAAGACCAGAGAAGGAUCGUCUGUUGCCCCGCAAGUGUGUGGGCAUCUACGUGGAAUGUAAUCUCCUUUCCAAUAAAACCACGCCACUAAAGACCUUUAGUGCUGGGCUUGCCGUAAGCGAAAAGCCAAUGGAACAGGUUCCAGUUCUUCUGCCCACCAUUGAGACGCACAACACUCCAAAUGUGCACUUCAAGCCGCAAGUUCCAUCAGUUGUAGUAAAUAAAAAAGAUGAGAUCAUGGAUCGUCUGGACAAUCUGAUCAAGAGUAAAAAGAAUAAAACGAUACUGGUGAAUGAGCAGCUCCACGAAGCAAUCGAGGAGCUACAUUGGCCUUGGCUGGCAGAUGUCUACUCGAACGGCGAUCUCUGGUGCAUCGGAGUUCUGAUUAGCAAGAAUUGGGUUUUGGUCCAUGAGAGUUGUCUAUUUGGCAUUGAUUUGGAGACCCACUACGUCAGCGUUUUACUGGGUGGUGGUAAGACAAAACGCUCGGCCCACAAAAGUAAUCACGAACAGAUCCGGCGAGUUAACUGUUUUGAGGCAGUUCCGAAGUCGGAUGUACUGCUGUUGCAUCUGGAGGAUUCUGUGCGAUUAACCCACUAUGUGCUACCUACUUUCCUGCCUGAGAGCUCUCAUCAUAAUCAAAACGAUGCAAGGGACUGCAUCAGUGUGCUUCAUGACGAUGCCACCGGUCGCAUCAAGACUGUGGCUAUCACCCGCAUGAAAAACGUGACCAACUGCGAUUCCUGCUACAAGCUACAGGAAAAACAACCGCCGGCAAAUCUGAUGCGUAUGCUGAACGUCAGUGCCGAGGACAUGGCUUCUAUUUCGGAAGAGGUGGAGCUCAUUAAUGGGGUGGCGCCCACAGAGUUGCCGGCAAUUACCAAAUUUACCAGCUGCAAUCAGUUUGGCCUAAAAAAUGUCAGCGAUUCACAUCACAAUCCCAGCGAUCAGGGUGUGCUGGUCUGUCGGGACACGCACACCGGCUGGUUCCCAACGGCCAUGUUUAACUACAACAACACCGAUUGCCAAAGUUUUAAACAGCCAUUUGGCAUUAGAACAUUGGAGCUGGCAUACAAGUCGCUGCAGGAUAUAAUAGACAAACCCAGCUGCAAAAUGUUGCAGCCAGCCCCAGAAUGCAGCACCCAUCGUUGCCCGCUGGGUAAGUGUCUGCCACAGACUGCGAUUUGCAACGACCGAUAUGAUUGUCACGAUGGCAGCGAUGAAGAUGAAACCAAAUGCCGCCAACAGAAGCAGCGAUGUGCCCCCGGCGAGAUGAAGUGUCGGACAAGCUUCAAAUGUGUGCCGAAAAGCAAGUUUUGUGACCACGUACCUGACUGCGAGGACAUGACGGAUGAGCCAACCAUCUGCAGUUGUUUUACUUAUUUGCAAGCUACAGAUCCAUCAAAGAUAUGUGAUGGCAAGCGAAACUGUUGGGACAAAAGCGAUGAGAGUUCCGUUCUGUGCAAUUGCACUGCGGAUCAUUUCCAAUGCAGUUCCUCCCCUGAAGAUUGCAUUCCUCGGGAUUUUGUUUGCGACAAAGAGAAGGAUUGCCCCAAUGGCGAAGAUGAGCGAUAUUGUUAUGGCAUAGAGCAUCCUUUGCGCCUGCAGAAAAAGGAUUUCUGGGCCAACAGUCAGCACACACAACCAGAGACGGCUCCUCAGUACGGACAGGUCAUAGAGCAGACCUAUGGCAUCUGGCAUACGAAAUGCUUCCCCAAAAGCCAACCGCCACAAAUUGAUGAAGUUAGGGAUAUAUGCAAAAAGUUAGGCUACAAUCCGUAUAGACAGCCCAGCUACCGAUUGAUUGACGAUGAGGAGAGCAAGCCCGUGCACACUUAUGAGUUAGCAGAUAGACAAGGACGAAGCUUUAGCAAUGAGUCGCUGUUGGGAAAGUAUCGCGAUUCAACCAAGGCAUUAAUCAUUAGCAAGUUCUCACCUCUUCAACUAAACGAUCGGUUAACACUGUUCCUCAAGUCUAGUAGACCGAUUGCGGAGUUGGUCAGGUGGAAUGCCACCGAUUCCAGCAUGUGCUACAGACUGGAGAUCAGAUGUGCCUAAUAGCUUACGAUGUAUUACGAUGGUACUCUCGUGGUUAUCCUUUUGUGCGUUUUAGUAGCAAAUAAAUGCGAGAGCUGUAUGAUUUUUA